GUGAAGGCUGACGCCGACCAGGUGAAGAAGUUCCGUGCAUCUCUGGCCAAGCUGGCAGACAUCUACUGCUCCGAUGCCUUCGGCACUGCCCACCGUGCCCACAGCUCCAUGGUCGGAGAGGGCUACCCCGUGAAGUGCUCAGGCUUCCUCCUGGCCAAGGAGCUCGACUACUUCGCCAAGGUGGUGGACGCGCCCACCAGGCCGGUGUGCGGCAUCCUCGGCGGAGCGAAGGUCGCCGACAAGAUCCAGCUGAUCAUGAACCUCUUGGACAAGGUUGACAUCAUGAUUAUCGGAGGAGGCAUGGCUUUCACCUUCAUCAAGGAGGCCGGUGUGGACAUUGGCAACUCCCUCUACGACGAGGAGGGUGCCAAGCUGGUGCCGGAGAUCAAGAAGAAGGCCGAGGAGAAGGGUGUGGAGCUAAUCCUGCCCGUGGACUUUGUGUGCUCCUCCAAGUUCGGAGAUGAUGGCGAGAUCCAGGAGGGCGACAUGAGCACAGGUGUUCCCGAGGGCUUCUUGGGUCUCGACAUUGGCCCAAAGUCCAUCGCCAUGAACGACGAGGCCAUCAAGAAAUCCAAGACGAUCGUUUGGAACGGUCCCAUGGGCGUGUUCGAGAUGGAGGCCUUUGAGAAGGGGACGAAGCAGAUGAUGGAGACCAUCGUGGCAGUCACCAAGGAGGGUGCCGUCUCAGUCAUCGGCGGAGGCGACACUGCCACUGCUUGCAAGAAGUACGACACCGUGGACAAGGUCUCCCACUGCAGCACCGGUGGUGGUGCAUCUCUCGAGCUUCUGGAGGGCAAGCUCCUGCCCGGCGUGGCCGCUCUGGACGACUCCAAGGCCAUGGCAGCCGCCGAUCCCGGCACCUCGGCCGCGGUUGCUGCGGCUCUUGCGCUUCUUCAGCCACAACCGGCGGUUGUAGGCUAUGGUGCUGUGCGGCCGGUCGUCCACGCAGCGCCCACCUCGCCGUAUGCUCGUGCACCGCCUGCAGCAGCGGUUCCGGUCCAGCCAACUGGGCCCAUCCCAGGUCUGGAUCCUGCAACGCUGGCUGCCAUCAACAUGGCUCUCGGUCUAGGAGGGCAGCCAGCCCCUCCAUCUGCGCCAGCAGCCUCAGUGCUACCAGCCCUCAGCAACCUACCCGGUCUGCAGGGGCUGGACCUGGGAAGUCUGGCAGGUCUGGCGAACAUCCCCGGUUUGGGGCCGGCACCUGCCACUGCGCCGGAUGCGCGGCCACCAAGGAAUCCUCCAGGCGUCAUUGGGCGGCGGCCGAAAGCCAAGGCAGCUAGUACCGUACACGUUCCCAACCUCAGAGACGAGGAGGUGGCCAACCCGGGAGCUUUGCUGGAGGCAGCCGAUGCACGCGACGAGGGUCGAUGUCGAGCUCUCGUGCAGCAUCCGAGUUUUCGCCACAUAAAUGAGAAGCUCAAGGACGGGCGAACAGCACUGCACGUGGCCAUGCUCCGAAAACUUCCGGAGGACCUGUGCCUGGCCAUCGCCACGCACAAGGAUUUCAACGAGACGAAUGCUGUCGACACCUUUGGCUACACCUUGCUGAUUCUGGCGGCCUCGAAGGGCAUGUCCCAGGUAUGCAAUGCUGUGCUCGACAGGGAUGACUUCGUUGGCGUCAACGCGCAGGAUAAGUGGGGUGCUACAGCUUUGCAUUGGGCAGCCGACCAGGAUCUGGCCGAUGUGUGUGAGAAGAUGCUCUCGCACCCCGAGUUCGUUGAGGGUAACCGCCGAGCUUGGAGCUUUGCCUUUGAAGACAAGACGGCUCUAGAUGUGGCUCUCCACCGAAACUGCAAGGCAGCUGCGGACGUGAUCCGGCGGCAUGUAGGCUUCAAAGGCUGGGGCUUCAUCGACUACAAUGGUCAGGAUGUCUUCGUCCACAUCAGAGACUGCCAGGGGGGUCAGCCAGCACCUGGCGACAUGCUGACUUUCGACUUGGAGGAGUCGCAGCCUGGCAAGUUCAAGGCCAAGAACGUUGUCGGUGGAACAGCGGAGCGAGACCAGGAUUCCAUGAUGGGCAAGGCCACGCCUGUCCAGGGCACUGGGGCCCACACAGGCACUGUGAAGUCCUUCAACGCUACAAAGGGCUUCGGCUUUAUCUGCAUCGAGGGCGCAGAUGAUGUUUUCGUCCACACCAAGAGCUGCGUAGGCACCCUCCCGAACGCCGGCGAUGUCGUCAAGUUUGACAUGGAGCCCAGCCCCAACAGGUUGCAUUCUGGUGCCUUGUUUCUUGGUAUUGUCGCUAUGCUUGCAGUCGGAGUUUGA